AUGUCGCCAGACCCAAAAUACAGUGCGUACUUAUUAGAUAUUGAGGGUACAUUGUGCCCAUUGUCCUUUGUUAAGGAUACCCUAUACCCAUUCUUUGUUCUACACGUCCAAAGAAUUGUUUAUGAAAAUUUUAAUGAGGAGCAUCCAAAGGAUGAAUUUAUUGCAGAGCAAUUGGCCAAAUAUGAUAUAAAAGAGGAAGGUCAAGCUGGUAAAAAUAAAUUGGUGGAACAUUUAUUGGACCUAGUUGCCAAUGACACCAAGGAUUCUACUUUGAAAGCUCUCCAAGGUCACGUAUGGGAAGUGGGUUACAAUUCCGGUGAACUUGAGGUACCAUUAUACCCAGAUGUUAUUGACUUCCUGGUAAGGAAUGACGGAAGAGGAGAUGACAAAGUUCCUGUAUACAUUUAUUCAAGUGGAUCUAUUCAUGCUCAAAAACUGCUUUUUGGGCAUGUUAAAAAUUCCGGCAAUUCCCACGCAAAAAUUGCUGGUAAUUGGGACCUGAAUCGUUUUAUUGAUGGGUAUUUCGAUAUAAAUACAGCCGGUAAGAAGACAGAAUCGAACUCUUACAAGAAAAUUCUUGAUGAAAUUAAGAUGACUGAUAAACCACAUGAUGUUCUAUUUUUAAGCGACAAUGCAAAGGAAUUGGAUGCCGCUAAGGAGUGUGGUAUUAGUGUUGGUUUAGCCAUGAGAGCAGGCAAUGUUACCGUCCCUAAUGCAAUUGAUUAUAAGCAAUACUUCCAAUUUACUAAAUUGUAA